AUAGGCGCAUCGGUCAGAGUCGGAUCGGCUAGGAUGGCGGGAGGGUUGUUGCCGGCGUGCGUCCAAACUGAACUUUAGUUUGAUGCCAGAAAUACUUCACCUACAUUUGAACCCCUGUCUUACCACAAGUACAUGUCACAAAAAUGACUAUAAUAGUGUUUUUAGUGGAUACAAGUGCUUCUAUGAACCAACGAACUUACCUGGGCGCCAAGCUAACCGUUUUGGAUGUCGCAAAAGACGCCGUGGAGAGGUUCAUCAAGAUCAGGCAACGAGACUCAGCCAGCCGGGGAGACAGAUACAUGUUGCUUACGUUCGAAGACCCCCCAGCAAAUAUUAAGGCUGGUUGGAAGGAGAACCAUGCCACCUUCAUGACUGAGCUGAAGAACUUGCAGGCGUCCGGUUUGACAACAAUGGGCUCUGCCUUGAAGAACGCCUUUGACCUUCUCAACAUGAACCGCAUGCAGACGGGAAUUGAUACGUACGGACAGGGACGCUGUCCGUUCUACCUGGAGCCUUCCAUCAUCGUUGUCCUGACAGAUGGCCAGAGGCUUUCAUCCCCUGCUGGCAUACAUGAGGAGCUCAUGUUGCCUAUGCACUCCUCAGUGUCUGGAUCUGAAUUGACGAAGGAGCCUUUUCGCUGGGACCAGAGGAUCUUUGCCCUGGUUCUGCGGCUUGCCGGUACUCAGCCGCCACCGGUUACCGUGGGGGACUCUGCGCUAGCACCACCUGACAUAUCGCCCGUCGAUGUCAUGUGCGAGGUCACUGGAGGGCGUUCAUUCUGCGUCACCUCUCAUCGAAUUCUCAUGCAAUGUCUGGAAGCUCUGGUACAGAAAGUACAGGGAGGCGUAGUCAUCAACUUUGAGAAAAUUGGAGCUGACCCGCCUCCUAUUGAAGGGGAGGAGGGAGCAACAACUCCGGCACCAGCACCGACCCCCGACGGCCAGCCUCCACCGUGGCACAGCGUUCGGAAGCUUAUCUACGUGCAGAGGUCUGCUCAAAAGGGCUACUCUGUGGGGCAUUGGCCCAUCCCGGAGGCAUUUUGGCCGGACACCAACUCUCCAUCGCUGCCCCCACGCAGUGCUCAUCCAAACGUAAAGUUCACCUGCACGCAAAGCGAGCCCAUGGUUAUCGACAACCUCCCAUUCGACAAGUACGAACUGGAAUCUUCUCCCCUCACCCAGUUCAUCCUCUCUCGCAAACAACCCACGGUGGCCUGGCAGGUGUUUGUCACGGGAAGCCACAAGAGCUGCGACCAGGGCCAUGCCUUUGGAUACCUCAAGGCCAGCACCACCCUGGCAUGUGUCAACCUCUUUGUUCUCCCUUACAACUAUCCCGUCUUAUUACCCCUGUUGGACGACCUGUUCAAAGUGUAUAGGUGCAAGCCGCCUCGGGACUGGAAGCAUCAGUUUGACGCUUACCUCAAAAACAUGCCCCUCUACUAUGCGGGGCCCCUGAAGAGGGCGCUGCAGCGCAUGGGUGCGCCCAACCUAGUGCCCGAAACGAUGGAGAACUGUCUUAGCUACAGCGUCUUGAACUAUUUGAAGCGUCUGAAGAACCAGGCCAAGGCGGAGUUUGAGAAGUUGGUCGCGGCAGUGGGGGCGGCUCGGGCGGGGUCGACCGGCGGAUCGGACGGCCUGCGUGCCGGGCCGGGAGUGCCGCGUCCCACGUCGGGAGACGUGCCCAAGUUGUCGGAAAUGCCGUUGAGUUGGAAUCCUGCCCUCAGGGAGAGGCUGGCGGGUCUGAGGGCGGACCUGUCAGACUUUGUGGGAUUUGUGGUGGCGAGAGAAGCGAGGCCUCCCCCUGAUGCGCCCAGGAAUCCUUUUGAUGUCGCAAGGGGAGCGCUGUUGGAUCAGGUGUCGAGAUUGAGGGCGUUGUUCUUGCACGGUGGAGGAUCUGGGCCACGAUGCGCGGAUCACGAACUUCACAGCUUGCCCGUAAGCCAGAUGGGGAAUUAUCAAGAGUACCUGAAGCGAAUGCCGACGCCUCUUCGAGAGAUAGAAUCAACGCCUGUGAGGCAACACAUGUUUGGCAACCCCUUCAAGAUCGAGAAGCGCAUGAUGGUGGACGAAGCGGAUAUCGACCUAGUUGGGGGAGCCGCCUCUGCAGGUGGAGGGCAAGUGCGGGGACUGAAGCGACCAGCUCCAGCCGAAGUGGGUCUUCUGGGACCUCGUCAGGCCAAGCGAAAGCCCGGUCCCUUGCCCAGGGAUUUUCCCCUCAGGCGAAGUCCCUCGCCAGCUGUUGCAGCCCUCGACCAAAGUCCAGGGGGACAGGAACUCAAGAGACCAACGCCUGUGCUUGGAAGCGUGGUUAGCGGAGAAAUGGGUGUGUUGGAAGAGGCUCCUUGCUGGGGAGACAGCAAUAACGUUCCCUGGGAUGACGGGGUGGCCUCAAUGCCCAUCCACAACGGCAUCUCUCCACCAGAUACACCAGCGGUGCCAGUCGAGAAUGGACGUCUUCGGGCUCUACUUCUCAAGCUGGUCAGGCGGCCUGGGCAAAAUUUUGAGCAACUGUUUGAGCUACUGGGGCUCGUGCGAGGUGGCACAGAAGCCCGCGUAGGUCUGGCUCGCCAGGUACGACUGGAGGCUGGGCGCUUCAAACGCAGACGGCUGGUACGCCUAUUGGAGGACUGGGAACAGAGCCUUCUGGAAGCAACAGCGGCUGCAUUUCCUGCCGCAUGCUGACCUAAAUAGUUGUUGCUCAGGAAUCGCAUCCUUCGGAAACAACGGCCAAGAAGCAGACAAAUUGUGGCAGGUGGUUGCUAAGUGCUUUAUUAAAAAAAAAAAAGUUCUCCCAACACCGGCCAGAGCAUCAUGAAGUGUGUCAUCACUGGCCGUGGGAGACCUCACAAGGACUUUGCCAUCAUCAUCCAGCAGACAUGGAACAGUGUGCAGUGCAUUCAUUUGCAGAGCACGCAGAGACAAUGGUGGGGGGCCGUUCAGAGCAGCAUUGAGAGCCAGGCGAGAAUCAGUACGCUUCCGCCGUAGGGGGCGACGUUCUUGACUGCAGGGUAACCAGUGAGCCCGUACGCGUAGCACGAGCCACAAAACAGUGCCAUUCCAGUUGUCAGAAGAGCUCCAACCUGUUCCCCAAGAGAGUGGUAGUUAGCAGACGGCAUCGUGUGUGUGUACAAAAUGUCCCCCCCCCCCCCCUUUAUGGAGUUUACUCAGUGUGGCAAAAAAUUUGACUAUUGUGCAAUGCUGCUUUCUAUUUUUGUGUUAACUGUAUUAUUAUUAUUGACUAUAGACUGUAGUCUAUUUAUGUUUUAAGGGCAACAACUACCUUUAAUUCAUUAUCAUAUAACAUUACAUCACCAAAUGUACAAAUAUCAAGUUUCUUCCAGAGAGCUACCCUCAGGAUACCAGUCACGUUGUUAGAUGACCUGAAGAAAGAAUGGAUUUGAAGAUAGCUUUUCCAGUUUAUAUUGAUUACAGCCUCAGACAACAUUACAAGCUUUUGUCUUAUAGCGAUAACGGCGGCUGCUUACAGAAGCAAAUUCAGCUUAUUGUAGCACAGUGCCGAGUGUCCUGUAAUUCAGAUCAUUACAGUGUGUGUGAUACAAAUAAUUCUCAUUAAGAAUACUUACAACUUUGGGCCUUCUCGUUAGAGGAACGCAAAGUAACGCUAGUGUAUGAAGCAAAUGGUAGUGGUUGGCUAUGUCAUAAGCUUCCUUUCGCUCUUCCGGUAUGUCAUCCCUCUUAAAUAGCACUGAAAUUUUCGAGAAGUUGGUUCAUCCUCAGUGUCAUGUUUACACACAACAUAUCGUCUGCUACCACCACCUACCGUGCGCUCCAUAGGCUCCCAGUGCAACUGCUGCGGCACCCGAAAACCCAGCUAUCCGCACGAACGCCCCUCCGCAUCGCACCAACCUUUUCACCACAGGCUCGGGAAGAGCGCCCGGGACCGGUGCAGACGCUGCCGUGUGCUUGCCGUUGCUGCCACGAAAAGUCCCAACAAUACCUUUCGUAAUAAAAUUGUCUGUCACUGCA